UAUACGAAGAUAUUUCGAAAGCGACGGCUAUUAUUCGAGCUCGAAAACAUCCAAGCCGGUAUCAUGUUAGCCACAUCUAUGCAGGAGAUCUGAAUGCCCUCAAAUUCAACGGAACUGCGAUACGUGUUUAUGUUCAUGUACCAACAACUUUGUCAGCAUCACAGCCAGCUCGAGGUAUACUUUUGGUUCAGGCGUCAAUGCUUUCUUCAGAAAGCCCGUUCGUUAAUCCCGAACACUGGCUCUGUUUUUUCAUUAUUCGUGCAGGCGUUACGGCAGAUAUCAUCAGUCGAUUCGUCGGUUCUUUCAGCGAGCAAUCCAUUACUCGACUGUCAAACCAAUUACCUAGCGAGGCUCGUGUGCGUCCACCGGAAAAUAAAU